UCUCCUUUUAGCAGAUACUUUUCUGAUGCAGAAGAAUUUGUGCAAUAAAUUACCCAUAAUAAAAUCAGAAACCCAAGUUUCCUUCCUGAAACUGAUUUUCACUGCUUAAGUAUUUACCAGUGUGCAUAUUUUAAGGAAGGUUUAUGUCUCAGUUUCCUGCUAAAUAAGAACAUGGGAAAGGGUUUGAGCCAGUGCUGUCUGGGUGACCAGUGGAGGAGGUACAUUUUUUCAUUCAACGUACACUUCCCCAGCAAGGCUCUGGGGAUGCAGGGAGUGCCCAGCCCAGUAGGAAAGAAAAUAAAGUUACAUUAAAAAUGAAACCUUAGUCCAAAAUUUGAUGGACCAGGUAGAAGUUAAACCAAACAUAUUGAUACUGGCACUCUUUGGCCAUCCCUACAGUGGCUAUAGAGGUCUAAGAUCAUACUCUAAUAGGAGACCAGCAGCAGAGCAACAGGCCUCAUUGCAUGUUAGAUGACUAACUUGUGUCUUCAGAAGGGGUAGAGGCCUAGAGGCAGAAAGACUAGCAUGACAUUUGUUGGAUUCUAAAGGCUAGGAAGGCAGAGACCCUGUCUGCCACACUAUUAUAUAGUCUCUCCUGCUAGUGUUACAAGUAGUCCAAGUGGAAAUGUUGAUUGAGCAAUAAAAACUGUCAUAUUUCAUUGAAUAUAUCUAUUUGAAGACAUUCUUUUAUGUAGUAAUAAGAAAACUUGGCAGUUACUACAUUGUCGAUCCUGAUUUCAGUGUUAAAAUGUGGGAAAAACGUGCAUAUUAGAAUCCGUGAAUACUAUAAAUGAAUUAAGUUGCAAAAGUAUUAAACCAGACAUGAGAAAUUGGUUGAGAUAGAAAUAUCGUACCUGUUUAGCCUUGGGCUUUGCUCCUAACUAGCUUUCACAGAACAGAUUUCUAAAAAUGUGCCCUUCUUCUCCCUUGGACUUAAGCUGGACUGAGAUCACAUGCUUUGAAACACUUUGCAAGCUGUUGCUGGUCAUAUCUUGGCCUUACAUGGGGAGGGGGUGUUGCUACCUUAAGUCUCUAUCUUGUUUAGAAAAGGGAGUUUGGAAACAUGGGGCUAAGUCAGAGCUCCUGCCUCUGAUGGAUUCGCAGAUCUUUGGGGAGGUGGCAGAGAGAUCUGACCCACAAGAAGGGCCUCCCUGGCCCCUGGCCAGCUCAAGUGAAAGCUUACCCUCAUCUGAUAAAUUUAUAAUGUUCUCCCUGAACUUUCCAUUCCUUGGCCUGUGUGGACUAUCUUUCCUCUAUAGCCAAACAAAACAAAACCCAAAAAAACAGGAAUCAGGGAAUGGGUGUUAGGGAGAGACCGCUGGCUUUGGUGUGACUUGGUUAUGCAAAAGCUGUGGUUUCUUCCAGAGAGGCACAGUGUAAAGAAGAGCUUUUCAGCCUACAGGAAAGACAGGUUUCCUGGAAGAAAACCCAGAAGGGACGAUUGCUUCCAUUCCCAGGUGUUCCCUAGAAUGGAGAAUGGGGCUAACUUGGGUAACAUCCAUUUGGGGGAAAACAAGAAUGAACAAGAUGACACCUCCCUGCUGGAGGCUAUUCAGUGGCCAGCAAUUGGGAGUGAUGGGGCCCAGCCAGCCUAGGAGACAGCUGUUUGUUCCCCUUUAUAUAAGCAGAGAAACGGAGAUUUUAAAAGGGACUUGCCCAUGCUCAUGUAAUUAGGUAGAGCAGUCCUUGUGACACUUUUUAGGGGCUCCUCCCAAAGGUGGCCUGCUUUUUCCCGCCCAUGCUCCAGACCUGCCUAGACUUGUAGUUGUUUCCCAGGUUGCUAAAUCUCCUCCCCAAACAUAAACUUAAUCUAAACUCAGUAAACCUGGCCUUUCCUCUCUGCCUCUGGCUUUCUGUUUCAAACUCCUCUCCCAUUCCCCUGCCCUCUGCCCUGUCUUCUGCAGAUCUUGUCUGGUGUCAGGAAAGGGAUCCCAUUCCAUGGCCUCCUACUCUGGGGAGCCAGGGCUCCUGUCCUGUGGGUCCUGUGACAUGGUUUUCCGCUCCUGGGCCCUGCUGGCUACCCACACUCAGCGCUUCUGCAUUGGCCAUCUGACCCGAGAGGUUGUGCCACAAGGACACCAGGGCAUCUCAGACCAAGAGGCCAGCAAAUUGGCUCUGAAGAAGCUAACGAAGGAGGUGCAGCGGCUGUGGCUGUACCUACAGGAAAUGCAACCCUGGAUAACAGAGGUCCCCCGAAGAUCAGAAGGGCUCCGAAGACGUUGUGAGGCGCUGACUCAGGGCCCCACCCCAGAAGCUGCUGGAAGCCCGGGAGAAAGGCUUUGGGCAUUGCAAAAGACUCACGCAAAGCGGAUGGUGGAGACGAAGGCACAGAGCCUUGCCCUGGAGCGACGCAACGAGGAACUGAGCCAACGCCUCCAAGGUUUGGCCCAGACCCGGGGCGGAAUAUCACGCCUUAUCGGCCUGGAGCGGGAGCUUCGAGAACUCAGGGCAGAAGGCCGGCGAACGCGGGGAGCUCUGGAAGUGCUAGGGGCGCACGUUCAGCAGCUACAGCCAGAGUCCGGGACCGGGCUCAACCCCUUGCGACAGGCAGAACUCUGUUGUACGGUACUACAGGCCAACCCAGGGACUCUGGCUGCCGAGAUCGGGGCCCUGCGCGAGGCCUAUGUUCGAGGCGGGGGCCGGGACCCCGGCGUUUUGGGCCAGAUAUGUCAGUUGCAAGUGGAGGCCUCAACACUGGAGCUGCAGCGGUUGCGGACUCGCAGGGGAAGGAAGGCAGAUGCCACACUGGGGGAGCUUCUAGUAGUGGAAGCUGAAAACCGGCGCCUGGAGGCAGAAAUCCUGGCCUUGCAGAUGCAGAGAGGCGCAGGCCCUCCGUCCUGGCUUCAGCGAGUACCCGUCCCAGGGCCUAGGAAGCUGCGACCUGCCGCGAAUCCCAGCCCAAGUCUGAGAAGGAGGGAAGAUCCCCCACGCCUCCCACCCCGGGUGGCUCCCCCACUGCCACUGAUUCCACACCCCACAGGUGUCCUAUUGAGUGGCACAGAAGAGGCUCCGCAGCCUCCUGGAACCAUGACCAGAAACCUAGGCCUGGAUGCACACUUCCUCCUGCCCACUUCUGACGUUCUGGGCCCUGCACCCUACGACCCUGGGGCUGGUCUGGUCAUUUUCUAUGACUUCCUUCGGGGACUUGAGGCUUCUUGGAUUUGGGUGCAACUACUGACCGGUUUGACCCGAGAUGGACAGGAUACAGGAGGGGUCACAGCAUUGCCCCCAGCCCUUUGCUUGCCCCCACCUCCAGCUCCUGGGCCCAUGGGCAACUGUGCCAUCCUUGCCAGCAGGCAGCCUGUACCCAGACUGCCACCUUCACCAUCAGUAUCCUUGGUCUGUGAGCUACAGGCCUGGCAGGGGCUGGCAUGGGCUACAGCACCACAGCCAAAGGCUUGGGCCUCACUGAUGUUAUUUGACCAGGAUCAAAGAGUGCUAAGUGGUCACUGGCGUAUUCCACUUCGGGCCCUUCCUCUGGACCCCAGCCUUAGCCUUGGGCAGCUGAAUGGGAUUCCCCAGGUAGGUCAGGCUGAGCUCUUUCUGCGACUGGUUAAUGCAAGAGAUGCAGGUGUCCAGACACUGGCAGAGAUCAAUCCAGCAAGUGCCCAGGAAUACCAGUACCCACCUCUGAUGUCCAGUUCGCCUUCACUGGAAGCCAGCUCCCUUGCCCCAAAAGCUGGCUUUGUUGAUCCCCCUCCUCGCACAGAAGAGCCCCUCAGCAGUCAAGGUUUGAGAUGAGGGUUUGGGCCCUCAUCACAGCUUUGACCUACCCCCUCUGGCUUUGAGUCUAGGAAAAUAUGGGCAGGAGUAGCGUAACAUGCAGAGAUCUAGGAUUUGAAGUUGCCAGACCUGCAGUUUUACUACUACACCUUCUGAAGGUCUAGGAGCAAAUAGCAGAUAAAAGCUCCAACGGCUUUACCACCUUUCAAAAAUACUUGUGUAAAACAGAUGUGGCGAUUAAGUGAAUGUAAGGUUAUUUGCAAUACUGCCUGGCAUCUAAAUCCUUUCAAAGAUGAGCAAGGGCACUCUUUAAUUCAUUAAAGGAACUUGAACUUAUUCCCACGUUUCUUGCUAAAGCCUAUCUUGUUGCCACACUUCUUCAUUCAAAUCCAAGCUUCCUCAGGACAUCCUCUGGGAAGCCAUCCAGGCUCUAAAGGUCCCAUAAACUAGGAGCUCCCAUAUCUUACACACUUACAGAGGGUCACUUGUGAAAUCUGGCUGAAAUUUGGUAUUAGGCCUAAAACCCUCAGGACUUGGUACCUGCAAUACGAAGGCAUCUUCAGGAAGAUCUGCAGCCAUGAGUUACCAUAACCAGCCCAGAAAAACUCCAUUUUCUCUUGUAUUUAGGGGACAAAAUAAUAAAGUGAAAAACUGCCUCUGACAUUGGUUAUUAAAAUGGCAGUUUCUGACCUAGAGUCUAGUGCAGCAAAGUAGCCCUGUGGGUGGUCAGAAUUAAAUAACUCCCUCUAGGUAAUGUAGGGCAGGCACUGUUUGGAAUUCAGAUCCAAACAAUGCCUGAUGCAUAACAAGUAAUUAAACUAAGGGUCGGGUCAGAGGCAGCUCAUAUAUGGAGGCUCUCCAUUUACCUUGCAUCCUGGGCAUCUGUGAGGUCCUAAUGGGAUGGCUUUAGUACCAGUAUCCUAAGCACCAGCACCCUUAGACUGGGCAGCCAGACUUUCAACCCCACCUUCCACAUGGAAAUGCUCUAGGCAGUCAAGGAUCCCAGUGAAGAUUUUUUUUUUUUUUUUUUUUUUUAACAUUUAGUUGAGAGAGUAAGAGUGAGCAGAGGAGGGGCAGAGAAGGAGACACUGAAUCUGAAAAUCUUUAAACACAAGUCCAGACCAAGAGCUUUUUUAGCAUCUUUAUUUGAGAAGUCAAAACUGCAGAUGGGGUAACAAUUCGGAUUCAAGUUGAUAAUUUCAGCCUUUCUGUACAGAAAACAAAACUCCAUCAACCAGCCUCCCCACAGAUUCUCCCAAGCACAUCCAAAGGGUCCAGUCUGUCCCUCAGCCACUUUCAAACCAGAAAGCUCAUUUCUCUAUAAUUAGCACACCAGUUCUCAAGGUUUCCCCCACCACUCCCUCACAAGUUUUCUUCAGAGUUCUUUUUCCAGACAGGAUUAUUGGCCCCCAGUUGGAGACUAAGUGGAUAAAAGUACCAAGGCCUGACUCAGAGGCGGUUAUCAGCUCACAAAGUCCAUCAAACAGAAGUAUCAGCACCAAAGAGCAAGAUCUUCACCAAGUCUUGUUUUUGUAGCCCCCAUCCAGGGACAGCACCACUGAAGGUUUGCAACACAGCUGAGUGCAGUAUUUAAAAUGGAAAAAGCAUAGCACCAUUGGAAGACAAAAGGCCUAUAACCAUGCUUUAUUUGAUCACCUCCACAAUAGGUAGGAAUUUGGAUGAGAACAGUACAGAAAGGGAGU